AUGCCCCGCCCAAAACGCCCAGUCCUCCCCUCCGACUUCGAGUCCGACGACGAGAGAGUCGACGACCUCACCACCGACGAGCCCCCAACCAUUGACCCCUACGAGGUCCUCUCCCUCGAGCGCAAUGCCACCCUCGAUCAAAUAAAGUCUGCCUAUCGAAAAUCAGCCCUAAAGCACCACCCAGACAAAGCCACUCCCGAGAAUCAAUCCUCUGCCAAGGAAAAGUUCCACGAAAUCGCAUUUGCCUACGCCAUCCUCUCCGACCCUGUGCGUCGGCAGCGCUAUGAUGAAACCGGCUCGACCUCUGAAGCAGUCGUAGACUCGGAAGGCUUCAGCUGGACAGAGUUCUACGCCGCACAAUACCAAGAUGCCAUCUCCGAAGAGGCCAUUGAGGCGUUCCGCGAGAAAUAUAAGGGGAGCGAAGAGGAGAAGGAGGAUUUACUAGCGGCAUACGAGGAGUUUGAGGGUGAUAUGGACGGGGUGUAUGAGAGUGUGAUGCUGAGCGAUGUUAUCGAGGAUGAUGAGAGGUUCAGGAAGAUAAUUGACGAGGCGAUCGAACAAGGGGAGGUGGAGGCUUAUAAGAAUUAUACCAGGGAGACAAAAAAGUCACGACAGCAAAGGCAGAAGAAUGCGAAGAAGGAAGAAAAGGAGGCGGAUGAACUGGCGAAGGAAUUGGGCGUGUAUGAUAAACUGAGAGGGGUUGGGAAGGGGAAGAAGGGCGGGAAGAAGGAGGAUGAUCAGGCAGGGCUGGCAGCACUGAUUCAGAGGAAUCAGAAGAAUAGGAUGAACAUGUUUGAUCAGUUGGCGGAGAAGUAUGGGGCGAAGCCAGAGAAGAAAGGGAAGAAGAGGGUGGUGGAGGAGCCGGAUGUCGAUGAGGAGGCGUUUCAGAAGCUGCAGGCGGAUAUGAUGAAGAAGGCCAAGAAGAGGAAGGCUUAG